UCCGACGAUGGUAGUAGAUGAAAAGGACGAAGUAGACGAGGAAUGACCGGGGAUGCACCUUAGAAAAUUAUCAAAUAUCCUGUAAAUUCGUGAAUGCAUCUCCGACAUCAUGGGGGUACGCAUCACUUCGUGGAAUGUGAACGGCAUUCGGAACCCGUUCGGAUACCAGCCAUGGAGGGAAAAGAGGACUUUCGAGGCUAUGUUCGAUAUACUCGAGGCAGACAUAGUCGUGAUGCAGGAGACUAAAAUCCAGCGCAAGGACCUCCAGGAUGAUAUGGUCCUGGUACCUGGCUGGGAUGUUUUCUUCAACUUGCCCAAGCACAAAAAAGGCUACGCUGGCGUGGCCAUCUAUACCCGUAAUUCGGUGUGUAUGCCCAUCAGAGCAGAAGAAGGGAUCACCGGGGUCUUAUGUCCACCGAAUUCCUCAACUAAAUUUCGAGACCUCCCCCCAGAUCAACAAAUAGGGGGUUACCCAGAGCCUGGCCAGCUUGUGGGCCUGAUAGACGAUCUAACUCUCGACUGCGAAGGGCGAUGCGUCAUCCUUGAGUUCCCCGCGUUUGUUCUAAUAGGGACCUACAGCCCGGCUAACAGCGAUGGGAACCGAGAUGAUUUCAGGCUAGCCUACCUUGACGCAUUAGACGUGCGAAUCCGUAACCUCGUGGCCAUGGGCAAGAGGGUCGUCCUAACAGGCGAUCUCAACGUUAUCCGAACAUCUAUGGAUACAGCCAACCUUUUCGAGCGACUAAGGAAAGAAGGCGAGACGGUCGAAGAGUACUUUUCCGCUCCCCCCCGCCGCCUCUUCAAUCAGCUUAUAUUCGAAGGAGACGUACCAGGUGACAGGGAUGAGAACAGGGAAGAACCAGUGCUAUGGGACCUUGGCCGGCUCUUUCAUCCUGCUCGCGAGAGCAUGUUCACUUGCUGGGACACCAAGAAGAAUGCUCGUCCCGCCAAUGUCGGCAGCCGAAUUGACUAUGUCCUAUGUAGUGACAAUAUGAAGGACUGGUUUAUCGACUCUAAUAUUCAGGAAGGUUUGAUGGGGUCUGAUCACUGCCCAGUCUUUGCAACUCUCAAAGAUGUUGUAAGUAUUGACGGGAAAGAGGUGCAUCUCAGGGACAUCUUGAAUCCCCCGGGAGUUUUUAAGGACGGGGUUCGGCUUAGGGACUGGACGGCAAAAGACCUUUUACCAUUGUCAGCAAAACUCAUUCCUGAAUUUGACCGCCGGCGGAGCAUCAAGGACAUGUUCUCCAAGAAACCGGUACCUUCGAAGUCAGCUCUAGCGCCAAUCAACGAGCCGUCAGAAAGUCCCAGCGGCAGUUUUGCCGAAAUUGAGCUAUCGAAAGACGAGGCCGUCGAAACACCCGCUUCACAACCUGGAUCAGUAAAUUCAGCGCCUUCUCCAGCUAAACCACGGACAGAUGCUCUUAAACGCACAUCCUCAAGCACGGUGUCGGCCAGCAGACCACAGAAGAAAACAAAAGCCACUCUGACCAAAGAGCCCUCGUCUAAAGGGCAAAGCAGCCUUAUGGGCUUUUUCAAACCCAAGACUACCGCAAGUCCGAGUACAAUUCCAGAAGCAAACGGGGAUCCUAAACCACUUAGUGAGGUUAAUAAUACUUUCGAAGCCGAAGUACCGAAAGAAUCCAAUAACACGGAAGAAGUAAAAGACGCCACCAAGCGAUUUAGUCCAGAUAGAGUCUUUGAUCCUAUCGAAUCCAAGGAAUCCUGGUCCAAGUUGCUAGGUAAAAGAGUCCUGCCCAAAUGCGAGCACGGAGAGGACUGCGUUAGCAUAGUGACCAAGAAACCUGGCAUCAAUCGAGGGAGGUCAUUCUUCGUCUGUGCCCGGCCCAUUGGGCCGUCGGGCGAGAAGGAGAAGGGGACUCAGUGGCGUUGCCCGACGUUUAUAUGGAGUAGCGACUGGAACGGGUCGCAAACCGGAUGAGAUGUGAUGUUAGAUUAUAUGGAGCCUCUAUUUCUAUCUUAUUUCGACCAGUGUUUAUGUUACUUGUGUUGUUCUUUUCGUUAGGAUGUGUAUGCCUGCAUGUAAUCUCGAUGCGCAUAAUCGCUUAACAUCCUACCUAGGUACUUAAGGGAUUCGUCGAAGAGCCGAUUAGUAUAAAUCAGGUAUUGCAUCUACAUGUAGAGCUGAGUUAACUUCUUAUCCUGCCAGCAGUUUCGCCCUGAUCGUGUAUAUUACACUAAACUUC